UUGAGUUUGAAGUUGGUGCAAGCUAGGUGAAUGAUCUUGAACAUUGGUAGAUCAAAAUAUUGUUGAAACAAUGAGACACAUCAAGUUAUUAAUUUUGUGUGCAAGUCUGUGCUUUGUUUCUGCAGUUUUACCACCGUAUAUAAAAGUUUGUAACCGAAACUCCCCAGAUGUAACAAAAUGUAUAAUAAAUUCCGUGGAAGAAUUGAGACCCAAACUAAAGGAAGGAAUCCCAGAAUUGCAUGUGCCUUCCAUAGAACCUCUUCCUCUGGAACAGAUACAAAUGAGAAGUGGUCCUAAUACCGCCAAAAUCGAUGCCAACAUCACCAAUUUGAUGGUUUGGGGCCCGUCAUCAUUCGAAAUAAUAGAUUUGAAACCUGACAUAAAAAAGAAUAGAUUUAUAUUCAGAAUCAACGUCCCCCAAAUCUAUUUCGAGGGCGAUUAUGACAUCAACAUGAAUAUACUGGUUCUGAAGUACAAAGGACAAGGACCAAUCACUGGGAAUUUCACAAAUUUGGGUGCCGAUGUUUUGCUGAAAGGCCGCCUAGUAAAAUUCGACGGUGUCACUCACCUCCAAUUCCAGAAGUUCACCAUCCAUCUCAACGUCGAAAAAAGUUAUUUGUACCUGGCGAACCUUUUCUCCGGGAAUAGAAACAUUGGAAGAGCCACUAAUCAGGUCGUUAACGACAAUUCUGAUUUGUUCCUCAACGAAAUAAUGCCGAAUUUGGAGUCCGCUCUGGCCGACAAGUUCACAGAAGUUGCGAAUAUCAUAUGCAAGACUUUCGCUUAUGACGAACUUUUUCCAACAAACUGAAUAGAUACUGAAUAUUUUCCUCAAAAUAAACCUUUUGUUGAAUAUUCUACUGAAUUGUUCUCACCAUCUUUUCCCGAUUUUUUUAUCUUAAUUAAGCUUAAAAAAACACGUUAGUGAUUGUUUUUUCUUAAAGUGAAUGAUUAUGGCUUUCAGGUACUUGAUUCAGGCAGGAUAUUGAGAGAAUUCACAUGUGUUUCCAAUUUAAUAAUUUUUUUAAUAAAGAAAAUAGGUACCAAAACAUUUAUUUUUUUCACUGAUAACUGAUGCCAUAUUUUCGGGUAACUUCAGGAUAAAUACUGGAUCCUACACACAUGAGUAAGGGAACAUCCAGUACAUUGAGAUUAAGAGUCGAUUCGAUGAGAUCCAUUGAACAAAAGUCUGUGCUCAGAAGGAACUGUGCUAGGGUACUGGCUUUCAGGCAAAUUUCCAAUAGACGUUGUUCCAUAAAAGUUUC